CGCCAAACCCGAAAACGAUCAGAUCAGAUCAAGCGCCCCAGGCAAAACCGGCGAGCGAGCAAAACCCGCCGAAAAAAGAGAAAGAAAUCCCGGGGGAGAUCUAACCACCAAAUCCACGCGCCCCUGGGGCCCUCGCCGCGCGACACGACACCACCCUCCCUCUCCCCCUGCCCUGCCACGGCACUCGUCGUUUCGGCGGCAGCCCCAUGUGCUCGCAUCACAUGCACGCUCCUCCUCGCCGGUCCUAGUCCCUGCUGCCACCACCUCCUCCUGGCCCUAGCCUCGCGCCUUCGCCGCAUCCACCCGCAUCCACAGGCGCACCAUUAGUCUCUCUCGCUGCUGCUGCGGCUGCUUGGAGCGCGGGAUCCUGUUCCUGCGUUGGAGGGGCUGCGAGUGAGGCCGGAGCACGGGGAGAUGAAGGAGGCGGGCGGAGAUGGUGGGGGUGAAGGGGCGGCGGCGGGGCCGGGGUUCGUGAGGGCGGACCAGAUCGACCUCAAGAGCCUGGACGAGCAGCUGGAGCGACACCUCAGCCGCGCCUGGACCAUGGAGAAGCGCAAGGAGGAGGGGGACAAGGACGCCAAGCAGCAGCAGCAGCAGCCGCGGCGGCGGGAGGGAUGGGAGGCCGACCCCGCCAGGCUCGUCGUCAGGGGCGUCAUCGCCCGCGGCACCUUCGGCACCGUCCACCGCGGCGUCUACGACGGCCACGACGUCGCAGUGAAAUUGCUUGAUUGGGGGGAGGAUGGUCAUAGGUCAGAACAAGAAGUAACAGCAGUAAGAGCAGCUUUUUCACAAGAAGUAACUGUCUGGCAUAAGCUUGAUCAUCCAAAUGUAACUAAGUUUAUUGGAGCUAUCAUGGGUGCUAGGGAUCUGAAUAUUCAGACAGAAAAUGGAAAUAUUGGCAUGCCAACCAAUGUCUGCUGUGUUGUUGUCGAGUAUCUCCCUGGAGGAGCACUAAAAACAUUUCUGAUAAAGAACAGGAGAAGGAAGUUAGCUUUUAAAGUCGUGGUCCAAAUAGCUCUCGAUCUUGCCAGGGGAUUAAGUUAUCUUCACUCGAAGAAGAUUGUGCACCGUGACGUGAAGACUGAAAAUAUGCUUCUUGACAAAACAAGAACUGUGAAAAUUGCUGAUUUCGGUGUUGCUCGCCAUGAGGCUGCAAACCCCAGUGAUAUGACAGGCGAGACAGGCACCCUUGGUUACAUGGCACCUGAGGUUCUCAAUGGCAAUCCUUACAACAGGAAAUGCGAUGUGUAUAGCUAUGGGAUCUGCUUGUGGGAGGUAUACUGCUGCGAUAUGCCAUACGCAGAUUUGAGCUUCUCUGAGGUCACAUCUGCUGUUGUUCGUCAGAAUCUGAGGCCGGAGAUACCACGCUGCUGCCCAAGCUCGUUCGCGAACGUGAUGAAGCGCUGCUGGGACGCGAACCCUGACAAGCGGCCGGAGAUGGCCGAGGUGGUGUCCAUGUUAGAGGCGAUCGACACUUCCAAGGGCGGGGGCAUGAUCCCUGUGGAUCAGCCGACAGGGUGCUUCUCGUGCUUCCGGCAGCGCAGGGGCCCUUGAUGGAUGAAUGGAUGGAUCUGCUGCGAGCUGGAGGACAGGAGUAGUAGUUCUCUGCUUGCAGAAUUGACCGCUAGAUUUCGCUUAGUUGAUUCCAUUUGCUUUGAUUUUAAGGUAAGCAAACUCUGGUAAAAAUGGAGCUAGCUAGUGUGCUUGUGAUCUCUCGACAAGCCCGUCUCCUGUAAAUUCGUUAGUCUCUUUUUUCAUGAAAAAAGAACCGGCUCGUUCGUCUAUGGUUAAUUUCCGUGAUGAUAUUUCACCAAGAUUUUGAUU